AUUUUCGAAAGCAGUAAUAAGCGGCAAGCACUUCAAAAAAAAUUCUAGUUAGAUUUUUUAGUGCUUUUUGGUUAUCGGUUCAGUUCGGAUUUCAACUUCAUACCAUUGAUUUAGACAAAUUUAAAAGUAUAAUAAAAUAUGGCAAAUAAAGUACCAAAUGUUAUUCUUAACAAUGGCAAACAAAUGCCUAUUCUUGGUCUUGGAACUUGGAAGAGUGCACCAGGAGAAGUUGCUCAGGCCGUAAAAGAUGCUAUUGAUAUAGGAUAUCGUCAUUUUGAUUGUGCUCAUGUCUAUGGUAAUGAACAUGAAGUUGGUGAAGGAAUCAAUGCCAAAAUAACUGAAGGUGUUGUUAAAAGAGAGGAUAUUUUUAUCACCAGCAAAUUAUGGAAUACUUUCCACCGUCCUGAUUUAGUUCGUGGUGCUUGUGAGACAACCCUUAAAAACUUAAAUACACCCUAUUUGGAUAUGUAUUUAAUACAUUGGCCAAUGGGUUAUAAAGAGGAUGGAGAAUUGUUUCCAACUGAUGAUAAAGGUGCCGUUUUAUUCUCUGAUGUUGAUUAUGUUGAUACAUGGAAGGAAAUGGAAAAAUUGGUUGAUGAUGGUUUAUGUAAAUCAAUUGGUGUUUCAAAUUUUAAUAAGAGGCAAAUUGAAAGAGUUUUACAAAUUGCAAAAAUUCCACCGGCUAAUAAUCAAGUUGAAUGUCAUCCAUAUUUGACUCAAACAAAAUUAAUGGAAUAUUGCAAAACAAAAAAUAUUGCUAUAACAGCUUAUAGUCCUUUAGGAAGUCCUGAUCGUCCAUGGGCUCAAAAAGGUGAACCAGUAUUAAUGGAAGAUCCAAAGCUUAUGGCUAUAGCUGAAAAACAUAAAAAAUCAACAGCUCAAGUUUUGAUUCGUUAUCAAAUUCAACGUGGUAAUAUUGUUAUACCAAAAUCUGUCAAUAAGGGACGAAUGUCAUCAAAUUUUGAUGUAUUUGGCUUUGAAUUGAGUGCAGAUGAAAUUGCAACAAUUGAUAGUUUCGAUUGUAACGGAAGAUUUGUGCCUUUGACAAAUGUCAGCCAUCACGAACAUUUUCCAUUCAACGAUGAAUAUUAAAAUGUGUUUUGGGACAUCCGCAUCACCCAUUUGAACACGAUGAAUUUUAGUUUAACUAAUAGUGAGUUUUUAUAAAGCGAAUGGAACAAAACUUUAAAUGUAGUGUGGUUUCUUAUUAAAGGCGAAUUAUACAACCGCUUCAAUUAAAAAAAUGUCAAUAAAAAUCACAAGUUCAAACGAAUUAUUUUGGGUGUUGUUAUAUGUAAUAUAAUAUCAUAAUUAAUUGUUUUCAAAUAAAGUUUUAUUAUUAGAAAAAAAAAUUGUUUUGAUGG